UGCCUAAACGCAGUGGGGACGGUGGCUGCUUGAAUGCAGCGGGGAUAGGAGGCUGUAGAGUCGAGGCAGGGAAAGAGGGGUGGGAGAGGCUCCAGGAACAGAGCAGGAAGGGAUCUCCAGAGCUGGGGGGGAACCGGAACAAAGUGGCUUGGUGGAGCACCAGCAAACGAAAGCAGAAACAACCGUGACAGAGGCAACCCAGACAAUGGCCCAGCGCUGAGUGGUGGGGAGAGCCAGGUCUUAAGUGCUGCUGAUUGCCGAUUAGGAGCAGCUGUGCUCCUCACCAGCCGCUCCUCAUCAGCCGUAGCUGUCAGCUGGCCAGGAGUGCAGCACAGAGAAGGGAGGGACCAUGACAUAAACUUACAAAUAGAAGUUUUCAUUUUAAAUUUAAAAGUUUUUCUUGACAUUUGUUUUUGCUUAAUAAAUCAAAUGGCUGCAUAUAGAAAUGUGUUUGUUUUGAAAAGUGUUGUUUACAUGCUGUUAACCUCAGUCAUGGAUGUCUGUCUGGUUCACGGAUACAAACAUGCACAGUGCAUUGGAAUAGUUUUGUGUGGAUCACUGCAAGCUACUUUCUUUGUUUCCCAUUUCCAGAGCCAGUGCUGUGUACAACACUUGAUUUCUUUUUGGCACAAACACAGAAGGGACAGCCAGCGGCCGAGAGAAGAUUUCUGAAGGAUCUGACAAAGAGUGCCUUGGAUUAGAAUAUCUACCAUGUUUAGACAGCUUGGAUUUGGAGGUUUAUUGUUUAAACAAUUCUUAAUCACACAACACUUCAUAGUAACACUUUUUUUAUUUACCUUGUUAAUAUGUCCAUAUGUUUUUUUUUUUACAUAUGCUGGAGGACACAUCAUGAAUAAAAUAAGCAGUUAACACCAUGACUGAGCUUUUCCACCUUGAAAUUGAAGUGUACUGAUGACGAUAGUCUCAAAAACACAGAUUCAGACUUUCACAUGUAACACACCAAUCCUGUCAGCAUGCAGGUUUUAGGAGAGGAAUGGAGGAGCAUACCAUGGAGUGACAAACAGAGAGACCUUCAGUAUGUGAAUGAUUAUCAGCCUCAUAAAGAGGUCCCACAUCUCAGAAUUCUGCUUCAUGGACCACCAGGUGCUGGCAAGUCCAGCUUCAUCAACUCUGUGGACAGUGCACUACGAGGCAGGAUGGCAACUCGAGCUCUGGCAGAAACAAAUUCUGUUGAGAGCUUCACCAAAAGAUACAGGACUUACAAAAUCCAGAAAGAAGGACCAGGGAGCUUCUAUCCUUUUGUCUUCAAUGACACUAUGGGUCUGGAGAAGGGCUCUAAUAAAGGUGUUAGUGUGGACGACAUCAAACUGGUCAUGAAAGGACACGUAAAAGAAGGUUACAAGUUCGACCCCAAAACCACCUUGUCUGAGAGUGACCCAAACUAUAACAAAUCCCCCACUCUAGAAGAUCAAGUUCACCUUCUGGUUUGUGUUGUUCCUGCCGAUACACUGAUCAUACUGAAUGAAGACAGUGUGGAGAAGAUACGGGAUGUCAGAGAAGCAGCAAGUGACAAAGGGAUUCCCCAAAUUGCUGUUAUCACAAGAAUAGAUAAAGAAUACUCUGAGGUCAAAAAGGAUAUAAAGAAUGUCUACAAGAGCAAGCACCUGAAGGAACACGUGGAGAAACUGAGUGCAUUGCUGGGUAUUCCAUUGAACUGCAUCUUUGCUGUGAAGAACUACAGCUCAGAAGUCGAGACAGAUGAUGACACCGAUAUACUGAUCCUGAGCGUUCUGAGAAAGAUCCUUGACUAUGGAGAAGAUUACCUGAAUGACAUAACACCUUAAAACUAAGAGGCACGUCAUUUUGCAAUUAAAAACUCUCACAAGAAGACCGGAACUUCAAAGAUGAAAUAAUUUUAUGAAGAAGCAUUAAGCAUUUGGGACAUAUAUUUCUAAUUGCAGUCGUUACUUUUAAGGGACUUUCUGUAAUGUUGUUACUUUGCUAUAAUCAGAACAGUUUAUUUCAUCAGACUUUUGACUGCAAUAUUUUGCUGUUUUUAUUUUCGCUUCUUGACAAAUCUGAUCAUUUUUUUUGCAAUAAUUUACAAAUAAAUACAAAUAACAUGUAUUUUAUUCAUCAAAAGUCUGGAUAAUAUGUCAAUAACAAAGUACAGACUAGAUAUCACAUUUUUGUUGUUUAUUGUAUUGCUGAAUAUGUCCACUGUAGUAGAAAUGACUGAAAUCAAGUGUCUAUGUAAAAUGGCUUAAUCAAUGUUAAAUCUUCUAAAAAAAAAAAAAAAAAAAAAGACAACUGCAACUUUUGAUUUAUGAGACAAUAUUAAUCUACACUUGAAGAUUAGAAGUCACUGGGAUGUCUCAGUUGUUUGGUUCAUAGGACAGACUAUAAUGUUAAGGAGACACAUUUUGGUGUUACACAUUUAUCAUGAGAGUGAGAUGGUUGAGCUGACUUCAAUAAAUACAUUGAUUUAAGGCAA